AUGUCCCCCCCCGCCCAGCCGGGGGUGCCGGGCGGGCGCGGCUCUAAGGGGCCCCCGGCGCGGAAGCUCCUCUGCAUGUGCAGCCUCUCCCUGUGCCUCACCUACCUGUGCUACAGCCUGAUGGGGGGCACCGGCCCGGCCGCCCUGCGCUCCCCCGCCGCGCUCCCCGGCUCGGCGGCCCCCGGGGCCCCGCGCUCUCCCACCGCCUUCCCCGUCACGGCGGCCCCGCGCUCCUCCGCCAGCCCCCCGGGCGGCCCCGGCGCCCCGGCCCCCUCAGCCGCUCCGCCGCGGGCCUCCAACGGCAGCCGGGAAGGGGCGGCGGGCACCUGGCUGCGGACGCAGCUGGCCCCCGGGGAGGUGAUCACGGCGCAGAGCGGAGCCUUCGAGAGGGACCCGCAGGAGUCGAGCACCACGGACGAGGAGCUGAGCCGGGCCGGCAGCCCGGGCAGCCGCGGCGGCAGCAGCAGCACCACGCCGGACUACGGGGAGAAGCGGCUGCCGCAAGCCCUCAUCAUCGGGGUGAAGAAGGGGGGGACGCGGGCGCUGCUGGAGGCCAUCCGGGCGCACCCCGACGUGCGGGCCGUGGGCACCGAGCCCCACUUCUUCGACAGGAACUACGAGAAGGGGCUGGAGUGGUACAGGAACGUGAUGCCCAAGACGCUGGAGGGCCAGAUCACCAUGGAGAAGACCCCCAGCUACUUCGUGACCAACGAGGCCCCGCGGCGCAUCCACUCCAUGGCCAAGGACACCAAGCUGAUCGUGGUGGUGCGCAACCCCGUCACCCGCGCCAUCUCGGACUACACGCAGACCCUCUCCAAAAAGCCAGAGAUCCCCACCUUCGAGGUGCUGGCCUUCAAGAACCGGACUCUGGGGCUGAUCGAUGCCUCCUGGAGUGCUAUCCGCAUUGGGAUUUAUGCCCUGCACUUGGAAAACUGGCUCCAGUACUUCCCCCUCUCCCAGAUCCUGUUUGUCAGCGGUGAGAGGCUCAUCACUGACCCCGCUGGGGAAAUGGCCAAGGUCCAGGACUUCUUAGGCCUCAAGAGGAUUGUGACAGAGAAGCAUUUUUAUUUUAAUAAAACGAAGGGGUUUCCCUGUCUGAAGAAGCCAGAGGACAGCAGUGCUCCCCGGUGUUUGGGCAAGUCCAAGGGUCGAACUCACCCCAAAAUAGACCCAGACGUCAUCCACAGACUGCGGAAGUUUUACAAACCCUUCAAUGUCAUGUUUUACCAAAUGACAGGCCAAGAUUUCCAGUGGGAGCAGGAAGAAAGUGAUAAGUAAAACCACAAAAUCAGGAAAAAAUUUUUUUUUUUGUUUUUGGGAUGUGAAUCAUCAUUUCAGACCCAAAACUCUCUUGGGGCCAGAGGCUCAGCCCUGCGUGUAACAGGCUCUUGUGUUGUCAGGGCUGCAGCAGCAGUCACCCCACAUGUGCAGUUCUGGAACUGUAGUGGCCUGUCACCUUGGGCUCUCCCCACCACGGCGCUGGGGGUCAGGGGCAGGUGGGAGGAGGAGGAGGCAGGGGGAGCACGGCUCCUCGGGGUGAUGGGGCACUUCAUGUCGAUGUUUCGCUGCUGGUGUCCCCCUUGCAGCCAGGCAGGCAGGUCCAGACCUCCUGCCAUGGCAAGCUGGCAAGAGGGUGGCUCCCAAAACCCAGCACUGAGACAAACCCAUAGAUUUGAUUUCUCCUGCCCUGCACUUUAGUUUUGCCCAAACAGCAGCAUCAGAUCUGGUAAAUUCAGGCCUUGUGCACUCACAUGCACACUGGUCUUUGUGUGUGGAAGGAAUAAAGCCAGUUACGCUGCAAAGGAA